UUAUUAACAGAUGGCAUCGUUUGAACCAGCCAACUACUGUUGCAUUUUACGCUUAUUAUUCAAAUUCAUUCAAAGCCCUACCAAAAGGACAAACCCUCGUCUUUGACAGUGUUGAGAUAAACCUUGGAAAUGGAUACAAUAAAAGAACCGGAAUUUUCACAGCCCCAACUUCUGGAGUAUAUAGCUUUACUUGGACAUUGAUAGCUGCAGGAAUACACGUGGCAGGAUCGUCCGGGCAAUACGGGGAGAUGGGCGCCGCGUUAAAGCACAAUGGCGUCAUCAAGGGCGCCAUUGCUGCAGAUACUGAGAAGGCAUAUGACGCAGGAGCUGCUACCGGUUUUGCUAUUUUGUAUCUCAGAGGUGGAGACGAGCUGAUGCUUGUUUCCCCCACGCCAGGUCAAGGUUCUAUGUACAGUGACAACAAAAACGGACGAACCUCAUUUUCUGGGUUCAAGAUUGCUUAA